UGCAACACCACCACCACCACAGCCCGCCCUCUGUGCUCUGUGUGUCAGAUGACUGGAGCCAAUUGUGUGAGCAGAGGGCCAGCCAUCCCCCUCCUGAGCCACAUCACCAGCACCUCCCCCCUCAACAGAACCAUAAAAACAGCCUUUCACCCUCUUUCAGCCCGCUUCAUCAGCCUGAUCAGCUCUGGGAGGCAAAACAGGCCUGUCUGUCACUGUUUACUACCGUCGGUGUUUGACAAAACCAACAAGAUGACUUAUCAGUUUCCUGCCCUGUCUCCGGAGAAGAAGAAGGAGCUGGCUGACAUUGCUCAGAAGAUAGUGGCCCCAGGAAAGGGGAUCCUGGCUGCGGAUGAAUCGACAGGCACCAUGGCAAAGCGGCUGCAGAAGAUCAACGUGGAGAACACAGAGGAAAACCGUCGCUUCUACCGCAACAUCCUUUUCUCCUCCGAUGCCUCUAUGGCCAACAGCAUCGGUGGGGUCAUCUUUUUCCACGAGACRCUCUACCAGAAGUCAGACUGCGGGAAGCUCUUCCCCCAGGUCAUCAAGGAGAAGGGGAUCGUUGUUGGCAUCAAGGUUGACAAAGGCACAGCUGCUCUCGCUGGAACAGAUGGAGAGACCACCACACAAGGUCUUGACGGUCUCUCGGAGCGAUGCGCCCAGUAUAAGAAGGACGGCUGUGACUUUGCUAAGUGGAGAUGUGUCCUGAAGAUCUCCGACAGCUGCCCAUCGGGACUUGCUAUAGCAGAGAACGCCAAUGUCCUCGCCAGAUAUGCCAGCAUAUGCCAACAGAAUGGUCUGGUGCCCAUUGUGGAGCCAGAGAUCCUGCCUGACGGUGAUCACGACCUGCAGCGGUGCCAGUACGUCACAGAAAAAGUCCUGGCUGCUGUGUACAAGGCUCUAUCGGACCACCACGUGUACCUGGAGGGCACUUUGCUGAAGCCCAACAUGGUCACUGCUGGACACUCCUGCCCUAAGAAAUACACCCCUGAGGAUGUGGCCUGUGCUACAGUGAUGGCUCUGAGGCGCAGCGUCCCUGCUGCAGUGCCCGGCAUCUGCUUCCUGUCUGGUGGUCAGAGUGAAGAGGAGGCCUCCCUCAACCUGAACGCCAUCAACCAGGUGCCCAUUGGUCGCCCCUGGAAGCUGACCUUCUCUUACGGACGAGCACUACAGGCCUCCGCUCUUGCAGCCUGGCAGGGCAAACCUGCCAACAAGGAUGCUGCCCAGAAGGCCUUUUGCAACCGCGCCAAGAUCAAYGGCCUGGCCUCCAAAGGAGAGUACAAGCCUGCUGCCAAGGCUGACCAGGCCUCCAUGCAGUCUCUGUACACRGCCAGCUACGUCUAUUAAACACUGUGAACACUAAAAAGAAAAACAACCAAAACAAAUGGACCAAAUCUGCCUUCCUGCAGCUUGACGAUCAGUUUUUCUGCACCACCAACACCAAGAGAGGACUUCCACCAACAUGUUAAGCUACUGUUUGUCUACUUGAUGAAAUAACUGGAAAUAAAACCUCAAAACGUC